UUUUGAAAAAAGAACACCAUAAAAAUUCCAAUCCAAUAAUUUUUCUAUCAAGUGUAUUGAUCAAUCAUAAACGAAGAAGGUUGUCAAACAAAAAUCAGAGAGGAAAUUGAAGUUUUCCAGAAACACUUUUAAAGUUAAUUUAAAAGAAAGCAAUAUCAUGAAGAAGUGUUCAGUUUGUAAUAGCAAUGAAAUCGAAAUUGAUAGCGCAAGAGGAGAUGAAGUGUGUACAAAUUGCGGUGCGGUGCUUUCUGAUAACAUCAUCGUAAGCGAGGUUCAAUUUGAAGAAAAUGCAGUUGGAAACUCAUCGGCUGUUGGACAAUUUGUGUCAGCUGAUUCCAAAGGAGGAGCAACAGGGUACGGGAAGUUUCAUGUUGGGACCAGCACAGAGUCACGCGAAGUCACACUGCGUAAAGCCAAAACAGGGAUUAAUCAUUUAUGCAGCAUUUUACAUCUGUCAAAUCACUGUGUCGACACGGCUCACAACUUUUUUAAGAUGGCAUUAUCAAGGAACCUUACUAGAGGACGAAAAAACAGUCACAUUUACGCUGCAUGUGUUUACAUAACUUGUAGAACUGAAGGAACGUCACAUUUACUCAUUGAUAUCAGCGAUGCACUUCAAAUCUGUUGUUAUGAACUUGGACGAACAUAUCUUAAAUUAUCGCAAGCACUUUGCAUCAACAUUCCAUCAAUUGAUCCAUGUAUCUAUAUAAUGCGAUUUGCAAAUCGUCUGGAAUUUGGAGAGAAGACUCAUGAAGUGUCGAUGACAGCACAGCGCCUUGUGCAACGAAUGAAGAAAGAUUCUAUUCACUCAGGUCGAAGGCCAUCAGGAUUGUGCGGUGCAGCAUUAUUACUCGCAGCUCGAAUGCAUGAUUUCAGUCGUAAACCUAAUGACAUAGUACGCGUUGUUAAAAUUCAUGAAUCAACACUUCGAAAACGUUUAUUGGAGUUUGGAGAAACGCCAAGCAGUGCACUUACAAUUGACGAAUUUAUGUCAAUUGACUUGGAAGCCGAACAAGAACCGCCAUCGUUUAAAGCAGCAAGACGAAAAGACAAAGACAGAUUGCAAAGGCUUUGUGAUGAAAACGAGUUUACAUCGCUUCAGAUUGAGAUAGAUGCUGCUUUAGAGCGAGAUUUGAAAAAAAGUCGAAAGCGAAAACUUCCUGGUGUACCCACAGCAGCUGUCGAAGAGUUCGAUGAAACAACAGAGACUGAUAAAUUUAUCGUUGCGUCAAUCGAUAAUGUAAUAAAAGAAGUUUUGACGGUAGACGACGACGCGAAAGUGAAGAAAGCGGAAACGAACGUCAAGGCCGAGUUUAAACCGGUUGUUGCUCCAUCACUCGGAUUAAAACCUGAUCUGUUAGCAUUAUGCACUGUUAGCGAGAAAGAGCAAGCGGACUUGUCCAUGAAUAAAAAUGCAUCGGAAGUAAUUGAUGACCUGAAUCUCGAAGAUCUCGAUGAUGAUGAGAUCGACGGUUACAUACUUACGGAAAGUGAAGCAAUUCUUAAAGAUCGAUUAUGGAAUCAAAUGAACGCUGAGUAUUUGAAGAUAGCUAAAGAGCGUGAAGAGCGUGCGGCAAGAGAAAGGGAAGAAGGGAAACCGGAGAAGAAGAAGCGAAGACCGAAGAAGAAACCGAUCGGUCCAUCAAGUACAGCACUUGACGCGAUACAAAAAGUAUUGCAAGAGAAGAAGAUUUCUUCGAAAAUCAAUUACGACAUUUUGAAGUCACUCACAGCUUCGACACAUGAGAAAGAAGAAAAUGACACGAAACCUGAACUCCCUGAAGUUGUUGAUGAAACUUCAUUACCAAGACCAGGAACAUCGCGAAAAACUUAUUUCAAUUUGAGCAACAAUCGACGUUCUAAAGUUCCCCAAAUGGGCUUCCCAAUGGCAUCAGCAAAUGAAGACGAUCCAAAAGAUCAGAUUACAACAGAUAAUGAAGACAUUGCCGACAUCGACGGAGAAGAAGCCUUGGAUAUUGAAGAUGCUAUCGAACAAGAACCAACUGAAUCUGAUCGUCUGGGUGAUAUUUUAAAUCAAGGGGAUGCCGAUGAAUAUUCAGGACCCGAGGAAUACUUCUAAUUAAUGUUUAGAAUAAUUUUUUGCAGCAAUUUGCUAUUUAAAUUUUCAUUCAUUUGAUUAUUCAUUCAUUCAUUCAUUUGUGCAUUAAAAACAAUAAAUUUUAUAAUAAAAAAAAUUAUUGCUAACUAG